AGAGAAUAGUAUAAAACACAAAGCCGUAACCUUGGAAGGCUAAAACCAUCGCUAUUUCACUCGUCCCUUCCUCUCCACCGGUGCUAUGCACAACCACCGGUAGUUCCUCCGUCCACUGAAUCGUCGCCGCCGCUUCUCUGAAAGCUUAAACACAACCUUCACCAAGAUUUGUGAAAGAUACACGCCAAGGAAGGGGAAAUUGAUGUCAAUUUUAUAGGAUAAUCAAGGAUUUUAUUACCAUAGACUGCUGAUUUUCUGAAGUUGGAUUUUACGAACUCGUAAAAUGGAAUAUUUUCUGACUGUAGAAGGCAAGAAGAACUGUAUCGAUCCGAAGAUUACCUCUAUUGAUUUGUACUUCCGAUGUAAUGACUGUCGACGCGUCUUUUCUGAAAAAGUCAAAAUGGAAGACCCUUUAAGAUUUGAUUUGGUACAUAAAUGUGACUGCGAAAAUCUAUUUACAAUGACAGAAAUACAUCGAGUCGAUCAAAAUUCAAAGGAACAAUACUUUACUUUUGAAGGGAAUUUCAGCAUAUCCAAAAAAUGCCUUACUGAUGCUGAUGUCAGUUAUCAUGGGAAAGUGUUUGGGCAUAAGGUGCCUAUUGACACCACCAGGAACGGUCGUUGGGUUAUGGCGCUGCAAGACUAUAAUGAUAUCGCCCCAGUUUUUAAGUAUGAGAAAAGAAAUGUUGGAACACAACAUGAGAGGGCUUCUUCCUCAGAUGAAGACAACGAUGAACGAGCGAAGAAUGAAAUGAGUUUACCCGACCAAAUUAACUGUAGACUUGUCAAAAUAGUUGAAGAAAAAGAGAAAGAAGUGGUUGUGAUUUUUUUGUCAGGAGCUGGUGAAAACUCUUCAGGGGAUUUUUUUGUCUAA